CAGUUAUAGUUAAACACCAUGUCCGUCGUAAUCGAAACAACUCUGGGCGAUAUCACCGUCGAUCUUUAUUUGGACCAGCGACCUGUUACGUGCUUAAACUUCCUCAAACUAUGCAAAAUUAAAUACUACAAUUACAACUUAUUUCAUACAAUACGAAGUGACUUUAUAGCACAAACUGGCGACCCAACAGGGGAAGGCACAGGCGGUGAAUCCAUAUGGGGAAUCCUUGAGGGACCUCAGAAAAGAUUCUUCUCGGGGGAAAAAAUGCCGAAAAUUCGGCACACCGGCGCCGGAUUACUAUCUAUGGUAUGUACCGAUGAAAUGAUGGUGGGCUCACAAUUUUUCUUUACUCUUGCUCCUGACUUAGAUUCUUUAGACGGAGUGCAUUGUGUUAUAGGGGAGGUGACCGAAGGACAAGAAGUUUUGACCAAACUUAAUGAAGUUAUAUGUGAUGAAACCAAUCGGCCAUAUAGAGAUGUCAGAAUCACGCAUACUGUGGUUCUUGAGGACCCAUUCAAUGACCCUCCCGGAUUGCGAGCACCUUCGAGAUCGCCAUCUCCCAAUCCAGAGAGACUAAAGGGUGGCAGAAUUGCACCCGAUGAGGAAAUAGAUGAAACUCAAGGUAAGAGUAUGGAAGAGGUACAAGAAAUGAUAGAGGAGAAAGAAGCAAAAGCUCGGGCUACAAUCUUGGAAAUUGUCGGAGACUUGCCCGAUGCAGAUAUAGCUCCUCCAGAAAAUGUGCUAUUUGUCUGUAAACUUAAUCCUGUAACAACUGACGAUGAUCUAGAAAUCAUUUUCAGCCGUUUUGGUAAAAUUGUUAGUUGUGAAGUAAUCAAAGACAAAAAAACUGGAAAUUCCUUGCAAUAUGCAUUCAUAGAGUUUGACAACAAAAAAUCAUGUGAAGAUGCUUAUUUUAAAAUGGAUAAUGUUCUGAUCGAUGACAGAAGAAUUCAUGUUGAUUUCUCACAGUCUGUUUCUAAGAUGAGAUACUUAGGAAAAGGUAGAGGUGUUCAAUACUUAAAUAAUGAAGUAAUUACAAAUCCUGAAAUAAGGAAAAGAGGGGACACAUCGAGACAGAACUAUAAUGAUAGAAAAAAAUAUGACAAAGAGGAAAGGGAUGAUACAUCAAGGAGACGUAACCAAGAUAAAAGAAAUUAUGAAGAUGAAAAGGACAAAAAAAGUAGGCGUGAUGACCGUAGACAAUACGACCGGGAAAGAGAUGAGGAAUAUAGGAAUAGAAAAAAUGAUAGAAGAAAUAAUGAGGGAGAAAAUGAUAGGUCAAGAAAGCAUCAGAAUGAUAGAGAAAGAGAGCAAUUAUCAAGACGGAACAAUGAUAGAGAAAGAGAUGAUUCAUCAAGAAGAAAUGACCAAAGGCUAGAUGGAGAAAGAAAUAGCAGAGGAGAACGUAGUAAUGUGAAAAGUAGUAGAAAUGAAAGAGAUUAUAGAUAUGACAGGGAUAGGAAAAAGAAUGAAUCACGAAGCAGAAGCCGUUCCAGUAAUCAUUCCACAGAAAGAUUGCCUAAAAAUGGUGAUUCCAGAGACAGAAGAAAUGUUGAAAUAGAGAGACAUGAUAGGAAUCAUAAAAAGCCUACCAAAAAGAGGGAAAUUUCUCCUAGAAGAGAUAGACAUGAGAGAUCCCCAAAACAACACGAAAAAUCAGUUUCAGAGGAUAGAAUAAAAGGAAGCAGAAAACGCAGUAUUGAAAAAAAUAAUAAAGCAUCUGAGAAAGAAGAAAGAAACAAAGUUAAACAAAAUGAACAUAAGAGUAAAGAUAGAAAUGAAAAUAACAAAAAAGAAAAACAUAAAGACUCAAGAACACCAUCACCUGUAGAUGACAAGAAAAAGUCUAAUAAAAAACAUAAAAGCAAAUCCAGUAGUAAAAAAAAUAUUUCUAAAAGGAAACAUAAGAAAUCCACAUCAUCUGAUAGUGAUUCUGACUCAAGCUCUUCUAGCAGCGACUCUAGUUCAUCUAGUGAUAGUGACAGGAAGAAGAGUAAAGCUAGGAGGAGAAAAAGGAAGCACUCUUCUUCAAGUAGCAGUGACUCAAGUUCCUCAAACUCUUCUAGUUCGGACUCUUCUAGUGAUAGCUCUAGCUCUAGUUCAGAUAGUGAACCUAGAAAAAAGAGAGUUAAAAAGAAUAAAAACAAAUCCAGUAAAAAUAGUAAAAAAUGACCUGAUGUAUCUAUAAAUAGUUUUUCAAUCAGAGUCAGAGACAAGGAACGUAAUAUUGAAGAAGAAGAAGUCAGAUUUUAUAAUGUAAUUUUACAUCAAUCUAUUAUUGAGAUCUGUAAAAGACAUGCUGAUUUUUAUUGAUUGAAAGUUUAGCUGUUCAGUUUGACUGUAUAAUUAUUGUUAAGUUAGUUAUUAUUUAAUGUAAUUUUGUAAUCCGUCAUUGCAUGCUCAAAUACAAACAUUUUAUAUUGCCAGAUUCUGAUUAUUGAUUAAAUUGCAAGCAAAAAAUAUAAUUAUUUUGUUUUGG